UCAGUUCACGAUGAAGACCCGCGACGAGAAAGCAUCGCCGUCUGGUCGCUAUCUUUGCCUCGCCUGCGGGGCGGACCUUGGCCUUUCAGCGUCCGCCGUCUUCCCACGAGCCGUGCGCUUCGACGCCGGGAAUCGCGGCUCCAUCUCGUUCGAGCUGCGCGCCGAUGGUACCCCGCCCGCCAUAGUCACAAGCACUAAGAGCCUCUGGGGGCCGUUCUUUGAAAGCACCAACUCGUUCGGGAUCCACCGCGAGAGGGUCGUUAUGCGCUGCCGAGCCUGCCAGGCCAGGCUCGGCACGGUCAUGCAAGAUGGUCCGGGCGUGGCUGGGAUGCACUCCGGGUUCGGGCCGAGCCAGUUCACUGAGAGGGUGGGGCGGUAUAGGGUUUGGCGCAAGGCAGUGAUGUUCCAGGGAGGGGGGUGUGCGGAGGAGGGGGGGUUGGUGGAGGGGAAGGGGGGAGUGAAGGGAUGAGAGGAGGUGAACCGAGGGGGGAAGCAGCAGGGGUGUGGAUGGGUUGAGAGCCUCAAGUCUCAACGCAUCAGACAAUACGAGGCUGUCAAAGGCGCGUGUGGGCAUAAAGAAGUGAUAGGAAUCAAGAAGUGAUAGGAAUCAAGAAGUGAUAGGAAUCACGAAGCGAUAGGAAUCAAGCGCGAGAUUAUCUGCUAAUGGUGGUGGUGGUGGUGGUGGUGGUGGCGCUGCUGCUGCUGCUGCUGUUUCUGCUGCUGCCAUCAUGUGAGGAACUUUAUGACCAGCCAUGUGAUGCCUGUAUGUCCAUCUGUCCAUAUGUAUGUACAUAGCUUUGGUGCUCUGGUAUUUGCUAGGGUUAGGUUACUAGUAUUUGUGGAAUACACAAGGCAGGCACUGUGUGAGCUCCAGUAAGCA